AGCUGAAGGAAGUUCCUCACGCCUCCUCUCGGCAUCUCCUCCGACCUGCAGAGACUUUGCGACCACAAGGAAGUACAAUGCGAUCGCGCACAUCCAAGCGCUCGCCGUCUUCCGAAGAUUGUGCUGCGGACGAACGAGUUGGUGCAGAUUGCCUACUUUCUACAAUGACGUUGCCGCGCCCGGGCCUGGGAUGCAGCACCUACCCUCCAUCACGAAUGGUCACUGAAGUCUCGUUCCACAGGUGAGCCACCUCACGCACAUGCGAGUACGUAUAUGCGCGUCGUGUAUGUGCACGCCAAUGGAGGACAAGGACGAGUCAAGCGCUAAGGCAGACGACAUUUCACAAUUGCCCGCACCUCCAACACCCGAUGCAGUUGGCGAUUGGAAAAUAGCUAGCCGACAGACUAAGUCCAGUCUGGCUUGCCACAAGCCGGCCAGGCGAGUGGGUGGCUGCACUCGAGAUUGGUACACCUAGUGCCCUCUUGAGCGCUCGGCUCUUCACACCGACAUGCCAUGACGCAUUAGAGGACCCUGCUUCGCGCAUGUCGCCGAGGCUUGGAACUCGAGGAGAGGCCUGAGCUGCCGAGCCCGACGAUUGCACGAGUCGAGGUUGCUCUGAGCGUCGCAAGACUCGUCGUUUCCACGGUCAUAACGAGAUUUCAUUAGGG